AUGGCAUCAUUUAUAAUAAAAAAAGUGGUCUAAGUUACCCCAUUUUACGAUAGCCUUAGGAACUCUUCCUGCAAUGUUCAAGUUUUGUUGAAGUAAAUAGUUCCUUAGUCUUCAGAAGCUUUUGUAGGCGCAAAUCUAUUAUCUAGCAUCUACCCAACAGCCUAGAAAGUGAAUUUUGAAUUUGAAUUGUAUUAGAGCAGUUAACUUGUAUUUAACUUGACAAUAGUACAGAAAUGAAUGCAAUACUCUACUCAUUGCAAAACUAGUUUUUAGAGAAGUACAGAUGGUGAUAUAUGGUACUUGCAGCCACAGCAAAAUAAGUUAUAAACAGGCAUGCACUGCUGCUCCAAAACAUGAUGCUGUGCAAGCUAAAUGUAUCAAACAAAAUCUUCAUGUAACAUCUGCACUUCACUCAAUAACAUAUGAUUGGUCUUUGAUAGUGGAAUAGUAAUGUAGCUCUAACACAAACUGGUGGAUGUGAUGAGUCAUUUUGGUCAGAGAUUUACUGAACAUGGAGUUGUCAUAUGGCAGCUUGGAAGUUGGAGCUUGCCCCCUAUAUGUUUAAACUUGCUUUUGCAUUGACCCAACCUAAACAGCAUCACUGUCAGUGGUAUCUUCUCCUGCUAGUGAAGUGAUGAUAAAGAAUGAAAGUAUGGGUGAUGGUGUACAAGAUAGAAAGAUGGUUCAUUAAAGAGGUCAUUUUGAAUAAGAUGGUAAGGGUAAGGUUAAGUUAGAUAAUUGAAUAGCAUUUGGAGGCUUAGACAAAGUAUCUGAAUGACAAAACUAUCAUAUCAUUGUCAUUAGUAAUGAUACUGAAGGUCAGUGGUCAAACUCAUUCACUGUAAGUCAUGAGUGGAUCUCCAAUUCCUUUUGGAUACAGAUUUAAUUUAUAACUGUAGCACUCUGUCAGCACACCUGUGUCGUAAUGACCCUCAUUGUUUCAAUUGUAAUCAAUAUGUAUUUCUUAUAAGUGUCUGAGUUAUUCACAGUCAUAGCCACACACAUAUUUUUAACAGUUUUAUAACUUUAUGAUGAGCUUAUGAUAAUGAUGAUACAAACAUACAGCUUGUCAUGUGCCAAAGAAAUUCUUGAUUCUAAAUUUGAUCUGAAUGUAUCUUAUUAAGUGUGUUGCCUUGUAGACAUGCACUUAAAAGUUCCCCAUGCUCAGGAGAUAAGGAAUGCCAGCCUCAUACACUGCGGACGUGUCAGGCAUUGCAGCUGCACUCGAGAGCAACUUCAAGCAGCAGCUGCACCGCGAGGCAGCCAGCGGAACAUUAGUUCCAAGCAGCAACAACUCACAGGAAGAUGCAGUCACUGAUUCAUGGGUGGACCAGAUACUAGGCAAUGAGUUAUUCACCAAGAAGAUUGAGUACACGUGCCAGAAGGAACAGCAGUUCAAUCGCCGCUGGUCUCUACCCAACCUCAUGCAUCUCAAGAAGGAAACUUGCCCCCAGAAUGGGGUGCUAUGCAACAACAACUACAAGAAAAAUAAUAUACAGACUCCAGGCAAGACAAAUAACAACAAUAUCAUAAAGACUGGUGACAUGAAUAGAGUGUGCAAGAAGGAUGAUGAGCUGGAGGAGCCACGGACAGUGCUUUACAAGAAAGAGCGAGUACGCCUUGGAUGGCUGCGGCCACCCACCCACCACUCCGGCCUGGCUAACCUUGGCAACACCUGUUACCUCAACUCAUCCCUGCAGGCGCUCUUCCACAUCCCUGCACUGGGCAACUGGCUGGAGGAGGAGCGUGGUCAGCACCUGCAGCAGUGUCAGCAGUCUGGCAUCAGCGCCUCCUUCUGCUCCCUCUGUGCUGUCAUCUCCACCUACGUGCUCACACGUCAGCCCAGUCAGCAAGUCAUCAAGCCCAACCUCAUUGUCAGCAAGCUGAAGUGUAUUGGCAAGACCUUCACGCUGGGCAGACAGGAGGACGCCCACGAGUUCAUCAAGCUGCUGCUGGAGCACAUGGAGCGCUCCUACCUCCUCUACAGGAGAGCCACCAAGCUGGACCACCUCUCCCGUCAGACCACGCCGCUCAAUCAGAUAUUUGGAGGCUACCUCAGGCAGCAAGUGACAUGCCCGGCGUGCGGCCACGUCUCGACGACGUUCUCACAUUUCCAAGACCUGGUGCUGGACAUACGCUCCUCCGCCAGCCUCGACCAGGCGCUCGACCAAUACUUCCGUCAGGAGACUCUCGACGCCCACAACUGCUACAGGUGUGAGCGCUGCAAGAAGAAAGUCCCUGCCACCAAGGGCUCGCUGAUAGAGCGCCCGCCCAACGUGCUGCUGCUGCAGCUGAAGAGGUUCACGUUCAACGGCUGCAAGAUCGGCAAGCACAUCAACAUAGACCGCGUAGUGGACCUGACGCGUUUCCUGACGCGACGGGGGGGCGGCGCCCCUGGGGCGUUGAGGUACCGCCUGGUGUCGAUGGUGGUGCACUUGGGAGGGUCGCAGCACGGGGGGCACUACAUCGCCUGUGCUGAAGGAGGCGCCGGACACAUGCUCGAGUUCGACGACUGCUCAGUCCGUUCUGUGGGGCUACAGUCGGUGCUGCUCCGCAACCCCUACAUCCUCUUCUACGAGCUCAUCAAGCAGCCUCAACAACCCCAGUCUUCUCCAGUGGGCAGCAAGGACGUCGUGCGUCCCUGCAACAACGCCACUCUAACCAGGCCCAUCGUCCUCACCAGCAAAAUUAAUUGUAAAAAGUCAUCACCAUUGAGCAACGGAACCAACGACUUGGGUGAAGUCGUGCCAAGAACUCCUACCUCACCUGCUGCAGCUUCUGUAGCAGUCUUACCUCCUCCCAAACAAAGAGAGCGCAUCACAUUUGACAUGAAGGCAGCUCCCCUCGCCCGAAACAAAAUGAUCGUAAGAACCAACGUCCCGCUGCUCAACCCCAAACUCCUUUCCUCCAGUUCUGCGACCUCCUCAUCCCCGACCUCGUCUACUCAUUCUCUUUCUUUAGCAGUUUCUAAUACUUCUACGUCCCUCAUCUCCUCCACCACUCCUUCCACCACCAACUCCUCCUCAACUCCUUCCACCUCCUCCGUUUAUUCAGCUUCCGCUUCCUCCGCUCUUCUCGCAUCCUCCUCUUGUGUUCCUUCCAUCUCCACCCACACUCCUUCCACUUCCUCCUCUUCCACCCCUUCCACCUCCACCUCCUCCAAGACAUUCAGCCCUCCAGUCAAGAGCUGCAACUCCGUGAGCAAGCUUAACUCCAUAGGUUAUUUACUGUCUACUCAAAAGAAAGUUCUGACUUCAAUAAAAGCCGUCGAUGCAGUAGAGAACAAAAGCCUGGUUCCCUAUGUCGAUGAUUCGGAUGCUUCUGAGAAUGAUGAUGUAAGCAUUGAUGAUAAAUGCCAAGUUUCAAGUUCAGAAAAAUCUCAACCUGCACCGAGUGCUGAUGUUUCAAGGCUUCCCUCUAAAGAUGAUAAAACUCCCAAGCUAACUUGUACUAAACAGAAGAACUCUCAGGUAUCCUCCUCCAGUUCUGCCACUCCUGUGAAGAUGAACCAAACGUUGUGCAAGAAUCAGUUAUUAAUUAGAAAGAAAAUCCAGAGUAAUUUCACUGAACCAUAUCCUGAAACUCAGACUCAGGUUUCAUUGCCCAUGAAUGGCAAGGUCAAGUCAAAGACCAAAGCAGAAGUGGUGAGCUCAAGCAACAAGACUAGCGAUGGUUGGGUCGUGUCAGACUCCAGCGACGACGGCAGUAACGCUUCCAACUCCUCAACCUGUUCAGGGAGCACUAACUUCACAGUCACUGAAAACCGCCCUACAAACGUCGCCAAGAAGAUCGUAGAGUCGGCGGACUGCAAUGGCUGGAAGGUUACUAAAAGAAAAGAGAUUAAUGAUAAAGAUGUUAAUCAAACUACACAGCCUGAUAAAAACGGCAAGGCGUCCAAGGGCCUCAUGUCUUAUAUUUCGUGCAUCUCAGGUACUGAGGACUCCCCCUUGAAUGCCUCUGAAAACAGAGGGUCUGCAACUGCGACCAAAAAACCUCAUGCUUUCUCAAACAUUCUAAAAAAUUCUCUUUGUAAUGGAACAAGUACACAGUCUCCCGCCAACACUUCAGUGAAAUUGAAAUUAAAUGGCUCCAAAAAGCUUAUUCAUUGUAACGGCACAAGCGGGUCUUCUCUUUCUGAAGAAGGCGCUGCGCCUUCUAUGUCUAAUGGUGGUGGUAUUUUGGCCUCAAUUAAUGGAGAUUCUACUGCUACCAGUAAUGGCACCAGUAUUCCUGCUAUCAGAAAUGGUGUCAGUUCUUCCACUAAUGGCGCUGAUGGGUCAUCACCCUCCUCCCAUAGUAUAGACAAAAGAAAAAGCGGCGAUGUUAGCACGAGAAACGAAACGGCGGCCUGCGUUCACCAGGACGCCCCUGCCAAGACCAAGCUUGCCUGGGACCGCCACGUGAAAGGCGACCUCGCCUACACCCUGACGAGCCACAGAAACAAACACGACACACAAGACGACAAGAGCGACGUGCAAAGCAGCAAACACAAGGCAGCACUGCAGGUCGUGUGGCAUCCCGAAGGAGAUGAGGGCGAGCGCGCUCUGCAUGCGCUUAAGUCGUCCUCCUCCUAUGUCUUUGGCGCUAAGGUGAGCACCUGGGACGGUGGGGACAGCGAGCUGGACGUACAGAAGAGCCGCGACGUGGCGGCGGCACUGAGGAGGACGGAGCAUGAGCGCUACAACGACCAGCUCGACGAGGAGCGGCAGCGAAAGCGCAAGACGCCCUUCGACCUGGAGGCGACGCAGCACAAGAAGCGGCGUUUCGACACCUACGUCCGCCACUCCGCCGUCAGUGACGGCGGCGGCGGCGGUGGGAAUCCCAAUCUCAUACGGUUGGGUGGCGGGGCUAAUGGUAAUGGCUGGAACGCUGGGUACGGUGGCGACAAAAAACGCUUCAAUGGCGGAUUUCAUUACGGCCAUGGCGGCGGCGAGUACCGGGGCUCCGGUAGACGUGGUUUUGACGGUCACCGCAGAGGCGGCGGUCGACCGUGGCGGGGUGGCGGUGGCAAGAGGUGGGGUGGUGGGCCUUUCAACCUCAGGCGGUGAGGCGCUUAUAAGCUCAGCGUCAGGAGCUGAGAGCGAUUUAUUUAUUUGCUGACGACAUUUGUUACGAGAGGAUGACAGUCGUCUGUGUCUUGCUGUGUGAGGCUCACUGUUGCUGUGUGAGGCUCACUGUCUUGCUGUGUGAAGACCGUGUGAGGCUCACUGUUGCUGUGUGAGGCUCACUGUCUUGCUGUGUGAGGCUCACUGUCUUACUGUGUGAGGCUCUCUGUCUUGCUGUGUGAGGGCCGCGUGAGGCUCACUGUCUCGCUGUGUGAGGGCCGUGUGAGGCUCACUGUCUCGCUGUGUGAGGGCCGUGUGAGGCUCACUGUCUCGCUGUGUGAGGGCCGUAUGAGGCUCACUGUCUCGCUGUGUGAGGCUCACAGUCUCGCUUUGUGAGGGCCGUGUGAGGCUCACUGUCUUGCUGUGUGAGGCUCAAUGUCUUGCUGUGUGAGGGCCGUGUGAGGCUCACCGUCUCGCAGUGUGAGGGCCGUUUGAUGCUCACUGUCUCCCUGUGUGAGGCUCACUGUCUCGCUGUGUGAGGCUCACUGUCUUGCUGUGUGAGGGCCGUGUGAGGCUCACUGUCUUGCUGUGUGAGGACCGUGUGAGGCUCACUGUAUUACUCUAUCGCUCUUCUGCGAUUAUGAUUGCAUUUAUAGCGAGUGUUUGUAGACGCGUAUCAUCUCUUUCUAUUAACUCAAAUUAAUUUAAUGUUCAGUUUUUUAUUCUUUGCUUCAUUGUUGACGUUUUGCCCCACGUGUGAUACAUUUGUACAGUUCACUUCACCUCCCUGGUGCUACUUUGUACAUAGCUGCAAUUAUGUUCGUACGGAUAAACAGACAUUUAAAUGGAGGGUAACUAUGUUUACUAUGUAGAAAAACAUCUUGUGCCCUGACACUAGUGUAUACACUCGGCUAUGUAGGUACUGUGUACACUGUACAGGCCUCUUAUUUCAGGGUAACGAUGUAGGCACGAGUGUUACUUCAGGUCACGUGUGUUAUUUAUUCUAGGCGUCAUCGUCGUUACCAGUUGUUACCGUUAUCAUGUCACUUUUUAAUAGCUUCAGUUUCUACGGAUAACUUUGUAAAUCAACUUUGGCGGAAACUUCUAAGAAGUAUUGCAGUUUGUUGCCAUUGAAUCGUUUGGUUGUAUAGUUCAUAUUGAUUACUUUGAAGCGAGUGUCCACUCAUGAGGUGAUAGUAUCAGCAAGUGUGCGCUGUGCGCGUUGAAAGAGUUUCUGUGAAGCCGGUGCGCAUAAUGACUGUACAAUACAGUGUGUUCAGUGCCACCAGGCUGUACAAUGUGACAUGGCUUUACAGUCACUGUACAGCGCCAGAGGUUGUAUAGUCACGGUACACUGGAAAAAGGCAAACUAUAUUUUGUACACCCAAUGCCUGCUCGAAUAAACGUGCAUUGUAA